AUGAUUUUCCAACUCUCUCUCUUCGCGGCACUGGCAUCCGUAGCUCUAGCUACACCAACGCCUACAAAGACUUCCAAGCCAUCAAUUCCCUUGGGGAAACGAGACUAUUGCGGCGAUCAUGAGAAUCAACUAGCAACUUGGUACGACCGCGGCACCGACCCGAACCAAAUCACAGCUUGCGGCAACAAAUACGAUCCUUCGGCUAUCGUUGUGGCCAUUUCCACAGACGUACCAAACUACAAGUCAUUCUGCGGCCGAGAGAUUCUCAUCUCCUCCAGAGAGCAGACUGCUGCGGUAAUUGCCAUCAUUGACGAUGCCAAUGCUACUGGUACUCUCGGAGAGUUUGCUCUCGACCUUUCUCCUGCUGUCUUUGAUAUCCUUUCGCCAACCGACCACACUAUUGAUCAAGAUGGAGAAGUCGCUAUUGAUUGGGUAGUGCUGGGUGGCGAUCCAUGCCCUUAA